AUGAGGUCUAUUUUGGUGCUGGCCAUGAGCUCUCUCCUCCAGAUUGGAGCUGCUGUUUCGCCUGGAGUCAACAGCGGGGAAUCCCACGGAUUCUCACGAGGUAUCACAAAGCAGUUCGAUACGGCGCAAGUCACAUAUUUCCCCGCAGCCAACUCGACGGGCACUGGGGUUCUCGUAUGUCCCGGCGGCGGAUACGCCCGCGUGUCCAUUGUGAAGGAGGGAUAUACCCCGGCGGCGUUCUUGAACAACCUGGGCAUCGACGCUUGGGUUCUCGACUACACCACGGCCUCAAACGCGACGGCACCCAUCUACCCGAAGCCGCAGAGUGAGGCCCUUGAGGCCCUGGACUACAUCCGCGAGCAGAAUCGCACGACCAAGCUGGGCAUCUGGGGCUUCUCGGCAGGCGGCCAUCUUGCGGCGGUGACGCUUACCGACCCGGCGGCCCGUCUCGACUUUGGCAUCCUCGCCUACCCUGUCAUCACACUCGAGGGGAGCUACACGCACGUAGGCUCGCGCAACAACCUCAUCGGCGCCAACUCCACCGCCGAGGCGCGGCAGAAGCUGUCGGCGCAGAACCUCGUCUCCGCGACCACGCCUCCCACCUUCUUGUUCCACACGUUCAACGACGGCAGCGUCCCCGUGCAGAACACGCUCCUCUUCGCCGAGGCCAUGGCGGCCCACAAGCGGCCGACCCAGGUGUUGGUCCUCCCGGACGGGUCGCACGGGCUGGGUUUGGCUCUUGACGAUCCCAAGCGAAGCUGGACGCCUGAGCUGGCGCGGUUCCUGCGGUAUGCCAUCUAG